UCAUCGAUUAAUACCGUCGACACGCCCUGCAGGUCACCUUUUCUCUCGUCGUUUCCAUGGCUGACUGCACUCUGAGACGGUCGAAGUAUCUGGAAUUUUAUAUUCACACAGUAACCUUCCUCGACUGUCUUUUUCGCGUUCCUCGGGGGCCAUUGGAGGCGGAGUCAACUGUCUUCAGGGACAUGUUUCUUCUCCCCCAAGGUGACUCGGAGACGGUUGAAGGUCAGAGUGAUACAUGCCCAGUGACCCUGCAAGGCGUUUCCAAGAAGGAAUUUGAAAGCUUGUUACGAGCUCUAUUGAACAGACAACAUGGGAAACAGAAGGGCUCGAGCUUAGGCAGAGCUCAAUGGAUUUCAGUUCUCAAGUUAUCGACGAUGUGGGAGUUCAAUGAGUUGCGUGAUGCCGCCAUCCAAUGUCUGGAUUCGCCUUCCCGGCCUCUUGACCCAGUUAACAAAUUGGUCCUCGCUUCGAAGUACCAGAUCAAGAAGUGGCAACUUCCUGCUCUAGUUGAGUUGACCAAACGGUCCGAGCCGAUCAGUGUAGAGGAAGGGCGUCUCAUAGGAUUCGAGAACGCACUGAAGUUGGCUGCAGUGCGAGAGGAGUUUAAGACGAUGAAGCUCGUGGAUGGUUUCUUUAGAGACUUCACCGUUAAACCCAGGGGUGAAAGAAGUUCCAAAGACAAAGAAAAAGAAAAAGAAAAAGAAAGUCGUACAUGCAUCUCACUCGUACGCAAGGCCUUUGACUUGUAGUUACUAGUAUGUACCUGGACAUGAUCGCCUUCAUUUGUACCUCUCUGCCUUGACUGACGAUAUCGAACUCCAAGAACACAAGUGCAUGUGCGGUUAG